AAACGGAAGCGAUUAGAGGUGCAGAAACGACAUGGGCUUCGGAUGGAGGGGAUUGGAAAAGGCGAGAGGCGACAGAGGCGCGAGACGGCGGCCGGCUGGCACGGUCAGGCGGGAAGCAGCGAGCAGCAGGCCGGAGAAGGCAGACAGACGGUGAUAAACGCGCUGUCUCGUCUGAAUGGAGGGCGUGCUGGAGGCAGACACGGAUUAGCGAAGGGAAUCGGACGGGCGGGCAGACGAGACAGGCGGACACACCAAGCAGAGCAGCAGAGCGGA